CCUCGAUUGCCCCAGCAAUCCAGCCAGCCUGCACUGGUUGGUCUACCAUCAUACCUCGCGAUUGUUCCAUGAUAACGACUGAAGGCCCUCAUUACGCAAAAUGUCAUGUUGAUAAGGAUCUGGCAGAUUUCUGAUCCCAACAUCGAGCGGAGUCGUCCGUACAUAGCAUCACUGCGCUAGACAUACAUUCCUACCGCUGCAUUCUACCUACUUAGUUACGGAAAUAUGACGAGUCCACCCAGCCAGGAGACAGAUCACCCGUUGAUACUGAAAGAGAAACGCUCUGCCUCCGGUCCAAACUUGCCCACGGUCCCCGAAGCCGCGUCCAUUGCAUCGUCACCAGACCUACAACAGAGCGAGUUUAACCCGUCGGCUGGGGCCAAGCCGUCCUCACCCUUUUAUCGCCAUGCCACCCCAUCGCUGGCCAUUGACCGAUUGAAGAAGGCCGCUCAAGCAACCACCCGAUACAGCCCUAUUGACCCCGAAAACCCACCGACGCUCAACCGACAGCCAGGGGGAUCAGGGCAUCGGGAGUCGAAGCUCUGGGUUCAGGAGAAGCGGAGCUGCGGGUGGAUGACGCGGCUGAGCAGAAAGCAACGCAUGGUGGUCAAAGCGAGCAUCGCCAUUCUAACGGUCGGCACAAUGGUGGCUAUUGCGCUGGGGAUCACGGCCGCGGUGGGAGGAGCUGUGUGGAGAUCUGAUACUCAACAGGUGGUGAUAGGGGGUUAGAAGAGUGGAUUGGGUUAGCUUCGCAGGCAGGCGACAUGUUGAUGCUGCCUGGAUGGCGGUGAUUUGGACCAAAGGCCACAGGAGGUUGUGG